AUGAAGAAAAAGCCAAUAAUCUACACUAUGGAAAACAAGCCGAUUGUGACAUGUGCUGGCGACCAGAGCCUGUUCACUUCCCUCUACACCUCUCUGGCACAGCAGUUACCCAGGGAGCCCAUGGAGUGGAGGAGGUCCUACGGACGCGCACCAAAGAUGAUUCACCUCGAGGCCAACUUUGUUCAGUUCAAAGAGGAGCUGCUUCCCAAGGAUGGAAACAGAGCCCUGCUCACCUUCCCCUUCCUACACAUAUACUGGACAGACUGUUGUGACACAGAGAUGUACAAGGUGUCGGUGAAGGAUGACAUGCUGCGGUGGCAGAGCACCCUGCGGCUGCACGGCUCGGUGGACUGGCUCAUCGUGGUGGUGGAGAGCGAAGCCAAGAAGAAGAACAAAACCAACAUCCUGCCGCGCACCUCCAUCGUGGACAAGAUCCGCAACGACUUCUGCAACAAGCAGAGCGACAGGUGUGUGGUUCUGUCGGACCCUCUGAAGGAGUCGUCUCGCUCCCAGGAGUCGUGGAGCUCCUUCCUGACCAAGCUGCGCACCCUGCUGCUCUUGUCCUUCACCAAGAACCUGGGCCGCUUCGAGGAUGACAUGCGCACACUCCGCGAGAAACGCACUGAGCCCGGCUGGAGCUUCUGCGACUACUUCAUGGUGCAGGAGGAGUUGGCCUUUGUGUUUGAGAUGCUGCAGCAAUUUGAGGAUGCCCUGGUCCAGUAUGACGAGCUGGAUGCUCUCUUCACUCAGUAUGUCCUCAACUUUGGGGCUGGAGACGGGGCCAACUGGCUGGGCUCGUUCUGUGCCCCGGUGAAGCGCUGGAACGGGCUGCUCCUGCGAAGGCCCAUCGACAUGGAGAAGCGCGAGCUGAUCCAGUGCGGCGAGGCCAGCCUGCUGGACCUGCGCAGCUACCUGUUCUCCCGCCAGUGCACCCUGCUCAUCUUCCUCCAGAGGCCUUGGGAGGUCACCCAGCGAGCCCUGGAGCUGCUGCACAAUUGUGUACAGGAGCUGCGCCUGCUCGAGGUGUCUGUGGUCCAGGGGGCGUUGGACUGCUGGGUGUUUCUCAGCUGUCUGGAAGUGCUGCACAGGAUCGAGGGCUGCUGCGACCGUGCCCAGCUGGAGGCCAACUGCUCCCACACUGUCGGCCUGUGGACCUACGCCACCGAGAAGCUCAAGUCUCUGGGCUACCUGUGUGGCCUGGGCAAGAAAGGCCCCACCUCAGAGGACCUAAACCGCACUGUGGACCUUCUGGCUGGCCUGGAAGAGAGACCAGAGACCGUCAACAGCCUGCAGAGCCCUUACAAAAAACUCAAUGAGGCCUUAUCGUCUGUGGAGGCAUUUGAAAAACACUAUCUGGAGCUGUCUCAUGCUGCUAUGGAGAUGUACAGAGCCAUAGGCAGGAAGCGUUCAGCCCGGCUCGUUGGGAAGAGUCUCGCUGAGUUUUACAUAAAGGUGACCGGAGAGAGCAGAGGGCUUCUGGAGGACUCUCUGAGGUCAUACGUGGCAGAGGGGUGGAGCCUGCAGGUGACUCAUACCAGGAAGCAGAUGGCUGAGUGUCAGAAGCUCCUGCAGCAGACUGAGGACUACCUGCAGACCAGUGCCCUGCUGGCAGGCGACGCCAACCUGACAGAGGAGGAGAGGAAGCACUUCUGCCAGGAGAUCCUUACCUUCGCCAGCCAGCCCCCAGCACCCUCAGACCAAACUGUGGCUCUGAGCAUGGUGGCAUUCGCUCAGCUGCGCCAGAUGCAGUUCAGCCCGCCUGGCGCCGUGGUGCACGUGGGUGCUGCCCUGCAGCUGGAGCUGUGCUUACGCUGCCAGAUGCCUGUGGCCGUGCAGGUGGAGCAGCUGGCUGCCACUCUCCACUUCAGCCUGGAGCAGGGCGGGGCGAGAGGCCGGGCGGGCAGUGCCCAGAGGAGGACGGGCCAGGGACCACAAGGCCAGGGGGACGGGGUGAUCCUGUUCCCCCAGGGAAGCCUGCUUGCUGGGGCUGGUAUGGGCGCCACGCUCCCCCCCGCCCUGGAGCUUUGUGAAAUGCAGGACCGCAGCCCGUCGGACAGCUCGCUCAACUCCACGGGGGUGGUGUGUAAGAAUAUGCAUCUGCUGCUGCGGCGCCACGACAGCUCAGCCUCCCUGGACACGCCCACCGCCGGGGCCCUCCCGGCAGCGGUCGCCGUGGACGACGGGGCCCAAAUGCUGAGGGCGCGCGACAUAACGCUGCAGCCCGGCGACAACAGCAUUCUCUUCACGGCCCCGACCGGAGAGCCGGGCUCGUACACAUUGCGUCAGCUGUGCGGGAGCGUGGGGAGAGUCCAGUUUGUCCAGUCUCACAUCUACCCUGUGGUGCAGUACGAGGUCUACUCCCAGGAGCCUCAGCUCACCAUCGAGCCCCUCUCAGACAACCUGUUGGCAGGCAUUCCCCAGAAGGUGAAGUUCACCAUAGCAACGGGCCACUACAGUGUGAAGAAGGGUGACGCGCUGCAGCUUAGCAACACAGACUCCAUGCCCAUCCUCCACUCAAGCUGCUGCUCUGCUACCAUCCUGUCCAGCACGGGAGAGCACGUGGGGGAGAGUGGUCUUUCCAUCCAAUCAUCGGAGAAGGUGACCAGCAUCUCCCUGCCCCCCACCCCUCCCUACCACACCCUGGAGUUCCAGCUGGAGGUGCUGUGCCACAUCCCCUCCACGCCCUUCAAGCCCGACAGCGAGCGUCUCACCAACGGCGAGGUCCGCCACCGGCCCAAGAGCCACAGCCAUUCAGACAGUGCCAUGAUCAACAUCGACCAGAAGGUUUCCAUCGACUGUCCUUGGUCCAUCUACUCCACGCACAUAUCCCUAACCUUCUAUGUCCCCUUCAAAGCCAAGCACUCAAUACUCUCUGCUGGGAAAAGGAAGUACAUACAGGUGUGUCUCCAGAACGUGUCCGACACAAACUUCCAUCUGGCGGACCCGGUCCUCACAGAGCGCCAGCCCACAACCUCCGUGGAGCUACUUUCACUCAAUGCUAAAACACAACAGCCGGUGUGCAGUCAGCAGUCGGUGUUCUGCCUGUGGGAGAUGCGGUGGGCCAAACACCUGCCGCUGUGCCUGCAGUGUGUGUUCUCCGCCAGCUUCGCGCCCGUCUCCGCCUCGGACACACGCACAGCCUUCAAACCCUAUCGCUACGAGUUCCAGCUGGACCGGGUCUCUACCCUUUACAGCUUGAAGGCCGAGAUCUUGCCGCCGUCCGGCGACCAGCACUGUCGCACCGGCGCCCUCUGUGGCCUCGAGGUGUCCAUCACACGGCAGGCGGAGCCCAGCGAGACUGAAGGGGAGGAGGAGGAGUCUACAGAAAUAGAGGGCCUGAGGACCACCAAGCUCAUGUAUGAAGUGGUGGACAACAGCAGUAACUGGGCGGUGUGUGGCAAGAGCUCGGGGGUGGUGUCCAUGCCCGUGGCUUCCAGCGCCACACACAGGGUUCAGAUGGAGGUCAUGCCCCUGUUCGCCGGGCACCUGCCCUUCCCCAACAUCAAAGUGUUCAAGUACCUGCCCCACAGUGCCGUCCCAGCCAUUCAGCCCGACACAGACAGCUGCUUAGAGAACGACAACAUAUCCCUGCUGGACAAAGGCCUGGACGACCAGGGCGACACAGCCAGCAUCCGUAGCCGGGGCAGUGUCCACUCGUGGGCAGCGGGGGAGCAGCAGAGGGGUCUGCCCAUGCCCCGCCUGGAACCCUUCAGUCCGGGACAGGUGUUCAAUUGGAGCCAGGGGGCGAGGUGCUGGUGCUUCCCUGUUACUGACGACCAUGUGAUGGAGGUUAACAUCACAUGA